CGGAUCUGUGUUGUUUAGGCGGUUUAAGGGGUUAAUUUUUUCUGGUGGAUUUUUGUUUGUGUUUGUCGGAGCAGCGCGGACUCUCCUUCGAUACGAUUGCUUCUUCCGUGACGAAGCCUGCGUCUAAGUGGCAGCAAGGGAGGAUAAAGGAUGCGAAUGUGUUACUCUCGCCUCGGCGGGCCCCGGUCGGAGCGUAGCGUGGGUGCCAUUGAUUGUCUGAGAUGGGAUGCUGAGGGGAGCCAGUGUUGAGUAGUGUGGCGUAGGUUGAGGUAGUAGAGGCGCAGCAACGCCCUUAUGUCUGUGUGAGGCAACGUGUGUGUUUGUGUGUUUGUGUGUUUUGUCCCUCGUCGCGCACCACAAUGGCCAGACGUUUGUCGGUGGAACACUUACGCUCCAGUUAGUGGGGCGUCGCACCGGAUGUUUUUUUUUUCCUUUUUCUUUCUCCAAAGACUUCACUCGGGUCCGUUCGUAUGACCUAUUUUGACCUGACCACUCCGCGGCGCAAGCACGGCCGCCAUGCUGACCACCAGCACCCCAUCUUAGUCAUGACUGCCUCGUGUGUGUCCUGUAUGUUGCACCGCUCUGCACUUGCACUCGCCCACCGCCGCUUCUGGUAGAUCUGCACCGCCGCCCAGUCACGCGCCCCCGCCCCCGCCCGCACGCCCACGUUAUGUUUGGCUUUGGUAGCGUGCGGUCCCCCGGGCGGUUGGCCACCACGCCGCCGGGGCCAGCGCCGCCCACGCCCAUCGGGUAUCCUUUGCCUCCUAUCAG